AUGUUAGUAUUGAAAAACAUGUUCCUUGACAAAAUAAAACCAACUACAGAAAUAAAUGACGCAAGACUGAAACAUUGGGUAAAAGCUUUCCCAUUCACAAAAGAUAUUAUUGGUAACAUGGAAAGAAAACCAGAAUGGCUACAAAAACAUAUAUUUGGAAACGAGCUUAUUCCAUAUGGACAAGCUCUGUUUGAAGAGCUUGAACCGGAAACUCAGGAAAGAGUCAUGCAAACAAUACGCGAAGACUCAAAUACAAACUAUGACAAAAUCUUUCUAGGAUAUAGGUUACCUGAGAUGGGCGACCAGAGCCCAAAGGCAAAAAGGACAUGGGAAAUUUACAACAUACUAGGUGAACAUGAGGCAAAGAUGCUACAACUUGAAGCAGAGGGCAAGUUACCAAAAGCGACACCAAAGAAGAAGAGAAGAGUAGAACAAAGUGAAAGUAGUGAAGAAGUAACUUCAUCUAGUGAAAGUAGUGGCAAUGAAGGAAAAAGAAGAGUUAAAGAUUCAGUUAAAAACUCAGUCAGGAAGAAAGUAAAGCUUGGUCCGAGUGGGUUCUAUUAUGACAUAUAA